UAUGAUUCUUAUUUUCCUUUCUUCAUUCUUUUAUUCGAUUCUUGUCGCACGCGAGCCCCGCGGCUACGAAGCCGGUGUUCUACAUAGCUAUCUGCACGGAAGGUUUCGGUAAUAAUAAUUCUCUAUCAGCUCUUCACGCGACGCCAUUUCCAGAUCACAACGAUGGGCGAAUUCCCGAAAUCCGAUCCGCUGGAGGAGGAGGUGAAGCUGGAUGAGAAGAACGAUGGCCCGAGUGUAAGCAGUGUUAGCGACGUGCCGAGUAUCUCGACAGAAGAAGAGCAGAAGCUAGACCGUGCAAUUCUAUGGAAGAGAGAUCUGGUUAUCGUGCCGAUAAUGGGAGUUUUAUACAUGGUGUUAUUUCUGGACCGGACGAACAUCGCAAACGCGCGCGCCUUGGGUAUCGGGAAACCCGAUGGCUUAGAACGGGCUCUGAAUAUGCCAUCCAACGGCUACAACACCGCGCUGUGGAUAUUCUAUAUCCCUUUCGUAUUAGCCGAAGUCCCAGCCAAUUUGAUUCUGAACAUGAACAAGAUUCGUCCUGGUAUUUUGCUUGGCGGCCAAAUGUUCCUCUUAGGUGUCCUAGGUAUGUGCCAGGGUUUAACUAGGAGCUACGGUGGACUGCUGGCGGUCCGCUUCCUCCUAGGAAUCUUCGAAGCCGCCCUUCCGGCUGGCGCGACUUAUAUGAUAUCGAUGUAUUACACGAGACGCGAAGCAGCUGUCCGAUUCGCUUGGUUCUUCAACUUUGCUCUCGCGGGGCCGUUGUUCUCAGGUCUUCUAGCCUAUGCUAUUCAGAAUAUCAACGGGGCGGGAGGUUAUCAGGGCUGGCGUUGGAUAUUCAUCAUCGAAGGCCUAGUGACGGUUUUCAUAUCCCUUUUCGUCAUCUGGCUAUGUCCCAAUUUCCCCCACCAUGCGCAAUCAUGGUUCUUGACGGCCCAGGAACGCGAUCGCCUCAUGUAUCAGCUAGAGGUCUCUCGCGGCGCCGAAGAUAAGGGCUCAGCUGCCGAUAACGUGCCGAUCUGGAAAGUCUUAACUGACUGGAGGAUUCACCUCCUGACUCUCUGCUUCUUCUGUUGCGACGUUACGGCCUCUUCGGUAGCCUCCUUCGCUCCCACUAUCUUGACGCAACUCGGAUAUGUCUCGACUAUUGCUCAGCUCAUGACAAUGCCGGUCUGGGGCGCGGGCAUCGUGUCAACCUUUGUCAUUACCUGGCUUUCGUCGCGCCUCAAUUUACGCACACCCUUCCUUCUUUUCGCCAUUUGCUUACAGCUCAUUGGUUGGGGUAUCAUGGUAGCGUAUGUUAAAGCGGCUGGGAUACGGUAUAUGUCACUGUUCUUCAUGACGGCCGGUACUUUCCCGCAGAUGUCGAUUCUGAUGGGCUGGCUCAGUGCUAAUCUGCGUGGUCGCAAAUACCUAGCUGUUGGCAUGGCUUGGAUGGUUGGCUUUGGUAAUUGUGCCAAUUUCAUCAGCUCCAAUGUCUUCAUCACGACUGAGAGCCCGCGAUAUCCGACAGGGUCCCACACCGGCCUUGCGUUCACUAUACUGGGCUUCAUUCUCACAAGCACAUCAUUCCUACUCCUGUUUCUGGGCAAUAAAAGGCGUGACGCGGCUCGUGCAAAGAUGACGGAUGCUCAACGUGAUAGCUAUGACGAGCUACAUUUCAGAUUUGUAUAUUAAAUGUCAUCCGUCGAUAAUUCAAGUUGCAAAUUUUAUGGAACAUUACCUAGGUGCCAUAUUCGCCAUUACUUAAAUCAAAACGUGCAGCGAUUGAACUAAA